AUGUACGGCGGGCCGGGCGGCGGCGGGCCCGGCGGCGGCCCUGGCGGCUACGGCGGCCCGGGCAUGGGCGGCCACGGCAGCUUCGGCGACAUGGGUCCGGGGGGCAUGGACGGCCCGGGCUGGGGGGGCCCCGGCCCCGACUACCCCAACCAGAAUAUGAUGAUGGGCGGCCAAGGGCAGGGCAUGAUGAUGUCGGGAAGGCCGGGCAUGAACCCCCGGGGCAUGAUGCCCAACAUGGGCAUGGGCGGUCCAAGAUUCCGGGGUCGGGGAGGGCCCAGCGGGGGAUGGGGGCCCCGGGGCACGCCCCCCGUGUGCAAGCACUUCAUGAACGGCCACUGUCGCCACGGCAAGAACUGCAAGUUUCUGCACGCCAAGCACCACUGA